AUGAUUUUAUUCAACUUUCAUCAUAUCGCAUUUGAUGGUAAUUCUAUUGAUUUGUUUCUUGAUGAUUUACAAUUAGCAUACACAAAGAAUCACUAUGAAAAUCUAUUACUACAGUAUAUCGAUUAUUCUGUACAAGAACGAGAGCUUGAUACAUCUGCAGCAGAAGAAUAUUGGAAAGACUUAUUAAAUGACUAUGAUGCAGAUAAAUCAUUACAAUUAGGAUACUCGAAUAUAGUUAAUGGCAAAUCAGCUACUCGACAACUUCGUACAGGUAAAGGAUCAUCAUUUCAAUUCCAAUUAGAUCAUGAUGUCAUUCAUCAUAUGUUCAAACAUGCGAAUGAAGCACAAACAACCAUGUUUCAGCUUGGCUUAACAACUUAUUAUUUAUUUCUCUAUAAGUUGACAAAUGGUGAUGUAGAUUUAUGCGUUGGGAGCAUUCAUCUCAAUCGAUAUCGUUAUGAAUUAAAAAAUUUGAUUGGAAUGUUUGCGAAUACAUUACCUUAUCGUUUACGUUUAGAUCCCACGGCACCGUUCUAUAGGACACUUCUAAAAGUGAAACAAAUGAGUCUAGAAAUAUUUCAAAACUCAUAUUUGCCGUAUCAGAACAUCUUACAAUUGAUUCAAAAACAACAACGUCACAAACUUUUAUUAGCAUUAUUGAUUCAGACCACAUUCCAUUUUGAAUCAUCAUCAAAUCAAGAAUUUAUCGAUUUAGAUGAUGCUCUUCUUUGCCAAUUAAAAAAUACUAAUUUGAUAUCAUUUACCAAAAACGCAUCCCAAUUCGAUUUAACAUUAUCAAUGAAUCAUGAUAUUCAUCGGCAGAGUCUAUCAUGUCUUUUCGAAUAUUCAGCAGACUUGUUUGAUGAACAAACAAUAAAAUUAAUGGCUGAACAAUAUCAAAUUUUAUUGAUGCAGUUAUUUUCUCCUACAUCAUCCUUUGAUCUUAAAACCAAACCUGUGUAUGAGUUAUCGAUUCUUUUGCCAUACGAAAUGCAGUUCAUAAAUGAAUUACAGCGAGCGGACGUUGAUUUUAGGCACAGAAAACAAAAUAUAUACGAAGCAUUUCUCCAAAGAGUCAUGGAGCAUCCACAAAAGCUCGCUAUAAUAUUAGAUGAACAAUCACUAACAUAUUCAGAAGCUCUCCAUUGUGUGCAGCACUUAUCUAUUCAUCUCAAUCAGCAAUGCGGUGUCAAGCAUGGUCAAAUUGUAUGCCAAUGUGUUGAACGUUCAGUUGAAAUGGUUAUCGGUAUUCUAGCAAUAUUAGCAUGUGGAUCAUGCUAUUGUCCUCUGAAUCCAAAUGAUCCUGAAUUACGCUUGCAGUCAUUGGUUAAAAGCACUGAAACAUCUUGUUUGCUAGUUCAUUCGCAGACAUUCAAGCAAUUUGAAAAUUUAAAUAGUCAACACAUUUCAAAUAUAGUUGACGUGACAGAGUUUAUUAUUACCAACUUCUUGCAACUCUGUAGUAACGAUCAGGCAGAUACAUUAUCAAAUUUAGAUAUGUCCAUUCAAGAUUUUUCGUUUAUCAUCUUUACUUCUGGUUCCACAGGAGCACCAAAAGCCAUACAAAUUUCACAGGAGAACUUCAUGUUUUACAACGAUUCCUACUAUUCUCUGAAGGUUUGGUCUCAAAAUGAUAAUAUUAUUCAAUUAGCACAGUCUUCAUAUGAUGUUCAUAUUGGAGAAAUAGUGGGUUCUUUGAUCAAAGGUGCUUCUUUAAUUAUGCUGCACGUUAAUGGUAACUUAGAUAUGAGUUAUUUAUCUGCUGUUAUACAAGAAAAACAGAUUACAUCUCUCGAAAUUGUACCUAUGCUCGCAUUAUUAUUGGGUGAAUUUUUGGAAAACUUGAAUCAACCCCAUCGUCUGAAAAGUUUACGCUCAAUUAUUUUCGGAGGUAUGUCGUAA